ACACAACCUGAACAUUAUGCUUUCUGCUCUGCGAGCCCGCCUGGGUGCAAGGCUUCCUGCCUUAUCUCAGCUGGCCGUUUUUACGCGCCAGUCUACCAUUUAUUCUGUCGCUCGACCUAUUGUCUCUACCCAGUCGCGUACCUUCUUAACUUCGCAGCGCUUCGAGUUUGCUGCCAAGGCGACACCAACAAAAAGGACUCCUGCGAAGAAGGCUACGAAGGCAUCUUCUGCGACCAAGACCAAGGCGAAGGCCGGGGCCGCUAAAAAGAAACCCGCCAAAAAGCCUGCCCCCAAGAAGAAAGUUGCGGCCAAAAAGAAGAAGGCCGCCAAACCCAAGCCCAAGCCCAAGCCCAGGAAGAAGAAGAUUGUCAAGCCUAAGCCUGUAAAGUUCAAGAUCACUGCCGAGAUGAAACCGCCCAAGCGGAGUCUCACCCCUUACAUGACCUUCCACACUGACCGCGUGCAUGCUUCUUCGGGCAAGUUUUCCAACCUCGCUGAGGCUCAGGAUGCUGUCAAGUCCUCUGCUGCUGUCUGGAAAACGUUGUCCGAUGCUCAGAAACAGACCUAUGUCGACAAGGCUGCUGCAGCGAGAGAGGUGUACGAGAAGGCUAUGGAGCAGUGGUACUUGACUACAUCCCUUCAUGUUCGCAAGGAAUUGAACAAGAAACGAGUCGCAAAGGGCAAGUCUAAGAUUGGCAAGCCUAAUUGGAUGGAGAAAGAGCCCUCUUCUGCGUAUAUGAGAUUUGCUAUGGCGUUCAAAGAGGGCAAGGAUAUCCCUUACGUAGAGGCAUUGAAGCAAGCCAAGGUCGCUUGGGCCAAUAUUCCUGGGGCAAGGAAAGAGGAACUCAAGUCCGUGGCCCAGAAGGAGAUUGCUGCCUUCAGGGCCAAGAAGCAUGCGACCGUCUAAUUGGAUAAGUUCCAAUUGUAUGAAUAGUUUAUGUAUGCCUCUCUGUUUGUCCGUUGAGUCAUCUAAUACCACAAUCUCUGCUUACGCCGCUGUAAAUGAGAUAACUUGCUGUACGAGAUACUAGCUGUAUGGUCUUUUAAGUUUUGUGUUUGCC